GGGACUUCCCACAGUUUGGCCUGGACCGCGUUGCCUAGAGACAGACAAGUGGUUGCUUGGCACCGACCGUACUGCGUGGACCUGGAGGAAAGCACCUUCUCUCACCUGCGCUCCUUCCUCGAGAGAUACUGUGACGGCAUCAACAGUGAAGUUCCUCCUCUCCCCUUCCCUUCUUCCAGGGAGCAUCAUAACUUCCUCAAGCUGUGCCUUCGGCUUUUGUCCAAUCACCUGGCUCUGGCUCUGGCCGGCGGCGUCGCCACCAGCAUCUUGGGUCGGCAGGCCAGACCUCUGAGGAACCUGCUCUUCAGACUGAUGGACUCCUCCGUGCCAGAUGAGAUUCAAGAGGCGGUGAUCGAGACUCUUUCUGUGGGUGCGACCAUGCUGCUGCCUCCGCUGAGAGAAAGGAUGGAGCUUCUUCACUCGCUGCUGCCUCAGGGCCCCGACAGAUGGGAGAGCCUCUCCAAAGGACAGAGGAUGCAGCUGGACAUCAUCCUGACCAGUCUGCAGGAUCACACCCACGUGGCCUCGUUGCUAGGUUACAGCUCUCCAGCUGACGGACCCGAGGUUCUCUCCUCCAGCUCGGGAUUCACCGCUUCCCCUGACCCGACCUACGGAGCCACGACGGGCCACCCUGACACCCACCUGGCCGAGAUCCUGAUGAAGACGCUGCUCAGGAACCUGGGCUUUUACACCGAUCAGGCGUUUGGCGAGCUGGAGAAGAACAGUGAUAAGCUGCAGCAGGGUUUAUCCUCCGCUGACAGCAGCCAGCCGGCUCACCUCCACCAGCUGCUCUGCUCCCUGCAGAAACAGCUGUUAGCCUACUGCCACAUCAACUCUGUCACUGAGAACUCGAGCAGCGUGGCUUUGCUGCACAAACAUCUGCAGCUCCUGCUGCCGCACGCCACCGACAUCUUCUCCCGCUCGGCCACUUUGAUUAAAGAGAGUUCCUGGAACGGCAGCAUACGAGAGAAGCUGCAAGAUGUGAUCUACGUGUCGGCGGCGGGCAGCAUGCUGUGUCAGAUCAUCAACUCUCUGCUGCUACUUCCUGUUUCGGUGGCGAGGCCUCUGCUGAGUCACCUGCUGGACCUGCUGCCUCCUCUGGACCGCCUCAACAGACUGCUUCCUGCUGCGUCUCCUCUGGAGGACCAGGAGCUGCAGUGGCCUCUUCACGGCACGUCUGACUUUGCGGAGCCAGCGUCGGGCAUGUCUCUUCCCCAGCCGGCUCUGUCGUGGGUGUGGCUGGUGGACCUGGAGCGGACGGUGGCCCUGCUGGUGGGCCGCUGUCUGGGCGGGAUGCUGCAGGGAGCCCCCACCUCGCUGGAGGAGCAGGACACCGCCUACUGGCUCAAAACGCCGCUGUUCAGCAACGGCCUGGAGAUGGAGAUCCCUCAGCUAGACGCCUGCAUCAGCUCGUUGUUGGAGGCGGCUCUGUCCGGUAACGAGGAGCAGAAGCCGUUUGACUGCACGUUGCACCCUGACCUGAGCGUGCUGGUGGCGUUAACUCUGGGCUCCUCUAAAGAACCAGCGAACAGCCUCUGGAUCAACAUGCAGGACUAUGCCAUCAGCAAAGACUGGGACAACGCGUCGCUUAGCAACGAGUCUCUGUUGGAUACGGUGUCCAGGUUUGUGCUGGCGGCUUUACUGAAGCACACGGGACUGCAGAACCAAGCGUGUGGAGAGGGAAGGUAUCAGCCCUCUAAGACGCUGGCUGAAGUCUAUCGCAGUGUUUAUAAGGUUCGAAACCGCCUGCUGGCCUGUAAGAACAUGGAUUUCAUUCAGACUCGAUCCUCUUCACGUGAGAGGAGGAUCUCAGACAAUCAGGACUCUCUGGACAUGGACCCUCAGGAACACUCGUUCACCCGCACCAUCGACGAGGAGGCGGAGCUGGAGGAGAGAGCCGACCGCGAGAGAGAGGAAGGCCACCAGGAGCAAGACGAUGACGAGGAGGACAGAGAGCAUGAAGUGAUGACGGCUGGAAAAAUCUUUCAAUGUUUCCUCUCAGCGCGGGAAGUGGCUCGCAGUCGGGACAGAGAGCGAGCCAGCAGCAGCACCGGCCUCGGCUCCAGCUCUGCUUCCAGGAGCGGCGGAGGAGGAGGAGAAGAGGAUGCUACUCUGUCUCAGGAAGGGAGGAGAGGCAGUACGGGUCUCCCUGAAGGCCAGGAUCUGUACACAGCGGCCUGUAACUCAGUGAUCCACCGCUGUGCCCUGCUGGUGCUCGGAGUGAGUCCGGUUCUGGGCGAGCUGAGCAAGCAGAACCAGGAGGAAGGACAGACGCAGUCGGCCACGGGAACGCAGGAGUGUCUGAGCUUCAUGACGAGGAGUGAGAGUCUGAGUGCAGAGAGCCGCUCGGUGCAGAGCAGUCCGAGCUACCGGUUGAUGAAGUCCAGGAGCGAGUCUGAUCUCUCCCAACCUGAGUCUGAUGAAGAGGGUUACACUCUGAGCGGACGCAGGAACGUGGACCUGGACUUGGCCUUCUCUCACAAAAAACGAGGUUUACUCCACAGCUCUCCGGACUCCCUGGCCGAGUCGUGGUUCCGGGCCAAGCUGAGCCGCCAGCGUAGCUACGGCUCGGCUCACUCGUACGAGGAGUCGGACCUGGACCUGAGCCGCUCGCUGGGCGUUCACGCUCUCAUCGACAACAUGGUGAGCUUCAUCAGCGGAGACGUCGGCCUCGCUCCCGCCUUCAAAGAGCCGGAGGAGAGCAUGUCCACCAGUCCUCAGGCUACCAUCCUCGCUAUGGAGCAGCAGCAGAGCCGCGCCGAGCUGCGACUGGAAGCUCUCCACCAGAUCGUGGUGCUGAUCUCUGGUAUGGAGGAGAAAGGCAGCCAGCCCGGGAACGCCGACCGCUCCAGCGUGGCCUUCCAGUCCUCGUCUCUGCUCACCUCCGUCAGGCUGCAGUUCCUGGCCGGCUGCUUCGGCCUCGGCACCGUCGGCACCGGAGCGCUGAAGAGGGAGAGCGUGCAGCUGCAUCAUUAUCAGGAUGGUGUGAAAGCAGCGAAGAGGAGCCUCCAGAUGGAAAUCCAGACGGCCGUUCAUAAGAUCUACCAGCAGCUGUCUGUCACGCUGGAGAGAGCGCUGCAGGCAAACAAGCACCACAUCGAAGCCCAGCAGCGCCUCCUGCUGGUGACCGUGUUCGCCCUGAGCGUGCGUUACCAGCCGGUUGACGUUUCCUUGGCGAUCUCCAGCGGGCUGCUCAACGUGCUCUCCCAGCUGUGCGGCACAGAGACCAUGCUGGGCCAGCCGCUCCAGCUGCUGCAGAAACCAGGAGUGUCCCAGCUCAGCACGGCCCUGAAGGUGGCGUCCACGCGGCUGCUGCAGAUCCUGGCCAUCAGCACCGGAACAUAUGCAGACAAGCUGAGCCCUAAAGUGGUCCAGUCUCUGUUGGACCUGCUGUGCAGCCAGCUGAAGAACCUGCUGUCUCAGGCCGGAGUCAGUCUGCUGUCUCCUGGGAAAGACCCGGAGGACACCAAGCACGAGGACGCAGCCGACUCGGAGAAGAAAGACCUCAGAGCUUUGCUUCGUAAGCAGCACACGGCUGAGCUGCACCUCGGAGACUUCCUCGUCUUCCUACGGAGAGUUGUGUCUUCCAAAGCCAUCCAGUCCAAGAUGGCUUCCCCGAAAUGGACUGAAGUGUUGCUCAAUAUCGCUGCACAGAAAUGCUGCUCAGGGGUCCCUCUGGUGGGAAACCUGAGGACUCGGCUCCUGGCUCUUCAUGUUCUGGAGGCGGUACUUCCUGCCUGUGAGACCAAUAUGGAGGAUGAUCAAAUGACACAGGUUGUGGAGCGGCUGUUCUCUCUCCUCUCUGACUGCAUGUGGGAAGCUCCCAUCGCUCAGGCCAAGCACUCCAUCCAGAUUAAAGAAAAAGUUCAAGAGCUCAAACUCCAGGGAGAGGCGGAGGAGGAGGAUGAGAACCUUCCCAUACAGGAAGUGUCCUUUGACCCGGAGAAGGCUCAGUGCUGCGUGGUGGAGAACGGCCAGGGGUUGACGCAUGGCAGUGGGGGGAAAGGCUACGGCUUGGCCUCCACGGGAAUCUCCUCUGGAUGCUACCAGUGGAAGUUUUACAUCGUGAAAGAGAACCGAGGUAACGAGGGAACGUGCGUGGGCGUGUCUCGGUGGCCCGUGCACGACUUCAACCACCGCACCACGUCAGACAUGUGGCUGUACCGAGCGUACAGCGGGAACCUUUAUCACAACGGAGAGCAGACGCUGACGCUCAGCAGCUUCACUCAGGGAGACUUCAUCACCUGCGUCCUCGACAUGGAGGCCAGGACCAUCUCGUUUGGGAAGAACGGAGAGGAGCCUAAGUUAGCGUUUGAGGAUGUUGAUGCUACAGAGUUAUAUCCCUGUGUGAUGUUCUACAGCAGCAACCCUGGAGAAAAGGUGAAGAUCUGUGACAUGCAGAUGCGAGGAACGCCUCGAGACCUCCUGCCCGGCGACCCGGUCUGCAGCCCCAUGGCAACCGUGCUAGCCGAAGCCACGACUCAGCUAAUCCGCAUCUUGCACCGCACCGACCACUGGACUCACCGCAUCAACAAGACCAUGAUCGAGCGGCUCCACAAGAUCAAACCCUGCUUCAGAGAGUCAGCUAAUGCGACCAGCGGAGGAGGAGGAGGAGGAGGAGGCGGAGGAGGAAGCGGCGGAGGUCAGAGGCUGAAGAAGAGCCGCUCGGUUCAGAGCCGCGAGGAGCACGACGCCCAACGAGAGAGCCAGGAAACCCCGACGAGGACGGAGGAGGAGAGGGGACGCCACCCACGGCAGCACGGUUUGGGCGAGCUGUCGGAGCUCCACCUGAGGACGCUGUGCACGGAGGUGUGGCCGGUCCUGGCGGUGAUCGGGGGGGCAGACGCGGGAUUGAGGGUCGGAGGGCGAUGCGUUCACAAGCAGACGGGACGACACGCCACUCUGCUGGGAGUAGUGAAGGAAGGAAGCACGUCGGCCAAGGUUCAGUGGGACGAAGCUGAGAUCACCAUCAGCUUCCCAACUUUCUGGUCGCCUAGUGACACUCCGCUAUACAACCUGGACCCGUGCGAGCCGCUGCCCUUCGACGUGGCUCGUUUCCGCGGCCUCACCGCCUCGCUGCUGCUGGAUCUCACCUGCCUCACCAGCAUCCACGAGGACACCGCCGCUAAGCUCAGCGCUCGCCGCCACGACAAGAAGCACCGCAACGCCGCCUCCACCGGGCACAGCCGACCGGCGGCCGUUGACGACCGACCUGACAACGAGGGGCACAACCGUAACGAAGCGAGGGACAACGCCAGAGCUGGAUCGCCUCCCAACACGGCGACCUCUGACCUGCGUGUGUCUCACAGCCUGGAUGAGGUCAAAGCUCACGUGGCGCCCAACUCCAAGUCGGAGAGCGAGAUCUCCUCGGUGGGGGUCGGUGGGAGCGAGACCCUUUUCUCCACGGCUCCUCACACUCCCGCCGAGGGGAACAGGAAGAAGGGUCACGAGCACAGCUCCCGCUGUCACGAGCUGUCGGCGUCGAGCGUCGCCACGCAGUCGGAGAUCCACGCGGUGCAGCUGUCCUACCUUUACCUCGGAGCCAUGAAGACCCUCAGCGCUCUGCUCAGCUGCAGCAAGUACGCUGAGCUGCUCCUCAUACCCAAGGUGAUUCCCGAAGCAGCUCCCAGCGGCCACAACGCCGAUCUGAACGCCGGCACCAGCGGCAGCACGGCGGCCACCUCGCCCGUGUGCCAGGAGGAAGUGGAGAUGCGGGGCGCGCUGCAGUUCCUGAUGCGUCACAUGGUGAAACGGGCGGUGAUGCGGUCGCCCAUCAAACGGGCGCUAGGCCUGGCCGACCUGGAGAGAGCUCAGGCCAUGAUCUACAAACUGGUGGUUAACGGACUGCUGGAGGAGCCGAGCGGAGGGAAGAACAAACCUGGAGUGAGGAGUGAACGAGGCGAGGGCGAAGGCACAGAGGGAGAGCAGUUGGCCCAGACCCCCGUCACCACCAGCCCCUCCGCCUCCAGCACCACCUCCUUCAUGAGCUCGUCUCUGGAGGACACCACCACGGCAACGACGCCCGUCACCGACACGGAGACGGUUCCUGCCUCCGAGUCUCCGGGCGUCAUGCCGCUCAGCCUGCUCAGACAAAUGUUCUCCAGCUACCCGACCACCACGCUGGUUCCCACCCGGCGAGCUCAGACCCCUCCCGUCUCGUCUCUGCCCACUUCUCCGUCAGAUGAAGUCGGCCGCAGGCAGAGUCUGACUUCGCCCGACUCGCAGCCCUCAAGACCCCAGAACAGAACCGGGACCUCUCUGUCGGAUCCCAGCAGCAGACUGUCGACGUCUCCUCCUCCUCCUGCCAUCGCUGUUCCUCUGCUGGAGAUGGGCUUCUCUCUGCGUCAGAUCACUAAAGCUCUGGAGGCCACCGGAGCUCGGGGAGAAGCAGACGCUCAGAACAUCACGGUGCUCGCCAUGUGGAUGAUCGAACAUCCGGGAACAGAGGACGAGCACGACGAGCCUCAUACCAGAGGAGGAGGCGGAGGAGGUGGAGGUGGCGGAGGAGGGGGAGGAGGAGGAGGAGGGGGCAAUGUUGGUAACGACGGGUCCGACUCCUCCUCCUGCCCCGGGGCGAUGGCUUCCUCUGGAGGCAAAUCUCUGGACAGGAGCUCGUUCCUGUGCUCACCUGGAGACAUCGCCAGCGCCGACGCCUCGGAGAUGGAGGAAGGCUUCAGUGAGAGUCCGGAGGGUUUGGAGCAGGACAGUGCAGCAGCUUCCAGCGGAGCUCCUCUCAGAGGUCGCUCCGCCGUCGGGAGGAAACAUCGCUUCGACCUGGCUGCUCGCACGCUGUUAGCCCGCGCUGCCGGACUGUACCGCUCGGUUCAGGCUCACCACAGCCAGUCACGUCGGGAAGUCUCGGCCCUGCAGCAGCAACAAGACCCGGGAGCCCUUUACGACUUCAACCUGGACGAGGAGCUGGAGAUGGACCUGGACGAGGAGACGAUGGAGGCCAUGUUCGGCCAGGACCUCGCCAGCGACACCGACAUUCUGGGAAUGUGGAUCCCGGAGGUACUGGACUGGCCAACAUGGCACGUAUGUGAGACGGACGAUCGGGACGAGGUGGUGGUGUGCGAGCUGUGCGAAGCUAACGUGGCUAACUUCAAUCAGCACAUGAAGAAAAGCCACCCGGGCUGCGGCCGAAGCGCCAACCGGCAGGGUUACCGCAGCAACGGCUCCUACGUGGACGGCUGGUUCGGAGGGGAGUGCGGCAGCGGGAAUCCUUACUACCUGCUGUGUGGAGCCUGCAGAGAGAAAUACUUAGCCAUCAAGAGCAAGGCGAAAGUUCCCAUCGUGGAGAGAUAUAAAGGACAGGCUCCUGACCUCCUGGGGAAACAGGACAGUGUCUAUGAAGAGGACUGGGACAUGCUGGACGUCGACGAAGACGAGAAGCUAACAGGAGAGGAAGAGUUCGAGCUCCUGGCCGGCCCGUUGGGUCUGAGCGAGCGAAGGAUCGUCCCCGAAGCCGUCCAGUUCCCCGACAGCGACCCGCUGGGAGCCACCGUCGCCAUGGUGACGGCCACCAACAGUAUGGAGGAGACUCUGCUGCAGAUCGGCUGUCAGACGUCGGUGGAUAAGAGUUCAUCGGGCAGAGUGACCCUCGGAGAACAAGCGGCCGCCCUGCAGAACCCUCACGACCGAGUGAUGGCUCUGAGGAGAGUAACGGCCGCGGCUCAGGUGCUGCUGGCCAGAACCAUGGUGAUGAGAGCGCUCUCCCUGCUCUCUGUCAGCGGCUCCAGCUGCAGCCUCGCAGCCGGUCUGGAGUCUCUGGGUCUGACGGACAUCAGGACUCUGGUCAGGCUCAUGUGUCUGGCGGCGGCGGGCCGAGCCGGUCUUUCCACCAGUCCCACGGCGGGCUCCGGACACAGUGAGAGACCUCGAGGAGCCGCCAAGGCCAGCAAACCCAUCUCCUGUUUGGCUUACCUCAGCACAGCAGUGGGCUGCUUGGCCUCCAACAGUCCCAACGCCGCCAAGCUGCUGGUGCAGCUCUGCACUCAGAACUUGAUCUCCGCGGCCACCGGCAUGAAUCUGACCACCGUGGACGACCCCAUCCAGAGGAAGUUCCUGCCCAGCUUCCUGCGGGGCGUAGCCGAGGAGAACAAGCUGGUCACCUCUCCUAACUUCGUGGUGACGCAGGCGCUGGUGGCCCUGCUGGCUGAUAAAGGAGCCAGACUCAGACCUGCUUAUGACAAGGCUGACAUGGAGAAACGAGGUUUGUAG